ACUCAGACCAGGCUUAGAAAUCACUUGAUUUAACUCAGCAGCACUUUAAAAAUUUUGUGUCUGUUACUCUAGCAGUCCUCUCUAAAUACCAGAGGCAUGAGAUUUCAUGUCAGCAGAUGUCAAAAACUGCCAAAAACUGUAAUUGGUUAGAAAUAGUUAUUUUGUAGGAUUUUACAUUAUAAGGGGAAAGCUCCAAAGUGCUCUGAAAUGAAAGAAGAAUUAAGUUGUGUUUUUAUCCAAACGAAUUGGCAUCUUUAUAUGUAGGGGAAGUUAUGCUAGCAAAUAUUUAUUUCAAGAACCAUGACUAGGAAGCACUUUGGAAGUUUAUUAGAGAAGUAAAUGUUUUACACUCAAGGACAGGAUCUGCAUGUACCUCUGUGGCUCUGGGUAUCUGGUGAAGUUCAUUUUAGGUAACUGACCAAGGGCAGGAAAUGCCCCAGUGAUACUGGACCCACAGCCAUAUUGCCAGCACCAUGUCUACUAUACAAAGAAAAGGCAGCAGCCACCUGUUUGACAGUUUGUCCACCUGUAAACUGAAGUUUCCAGAAGACCAGCGACAGCAAGAAAAAUCUAUCAUUGCUCAACCAAUAUUUGUUUUUGCAAAGAGAGAACAAACUUUUAAGAGACCUGCAGAGGACUCCACCUAUGAAGCAUCAGAACAUGAAUGCAAUGGUUUUCUGAGAAAGCGCGUAAGGUCUUCAUCUUUUACUUUGCACACUACACAUCCUCAGUCCCCAGGAGCAUCAAGCUUGUCCCAGAAUCGAAUGAGAUCAUCAUCCUUCACCAACCUCCUGACCUUCCCCCCUUCUGGGCCAGUGAAGAAAAACAAUGUUUUUAUGACAUCAUCUCUUGUGCAAAGGAAUGCUGACAUGAACAGUACAGAACAAGGUCCUGUGAAACAUUCUGAACAUGUUCUAAGACCUGCUAUUUUGCAGCCACCUCAAGCUCAAAGGUGUGAAAAAAUGAGAAAAACAUUUGGACACAAUUCCCUGGAAGCCUGCAAGACCAUAGAAAAAACAAAAAAUAAGAUUUCUGAGGGGAAUUCCUGUUUGCUAAGUGAAAAUUUACCAAGUGCCAGAAUUUCAGUCCAGCUGACUACUAACCAGAAUUGUUUAGGUGCUACAUCAGUAGGAUGUCAACCAAAUGAAGAUAAGUAUUCUUUUAAAAGCUGCAGUUCUGAUUUCGUGUUUGGAGAAAACAUGGUAGAAAGAGUUUUGGAUACUCAAAAUCUCACCCAACCUCAACUGGAAAAUGAUUCACACACUGAGGAAAAACCAUUCAAAUCCACCCUAGAAUUCCCCGUUACCUCUCCAAAUUCAAGCACACACUCUAUUAAAAGGAUAUCCCUAAUUGAAUCAGCUGCUGCUUUCUCUUCUAAGCCAUCACCAAAAUGCUUGCUGGAGAAAAUUGAUGUUGUAACAGGAGAAGAAGCAGAGCAUAAUGUGUUAAAGAUCAACUGCAAGCUUUUUAUAUUCAACAAAACAACACAGUCGUGGAUUGAAAGGGGCAGAGGAGCUUUGAGGCUGAAUGACACAGCAAGCAGUGACUGUGGAACAUUCCAGUCAAGACUAAUUAUGCGCAAUCAAGGCAGCCUGAGGCUGAUUCUCAAUAGCAAACUCUGGACUCAAAUGGAGAUUCAAAGAGCAAACCACAAAAAUUUGAGAAUAACAGCGACUGACUUAGAAGACUAUAGCAUCAAAGUGUUUUUAAUUCAGGCCAGUGCCAAAGACACAGGAUGUCUGUAUGCAGCAAUACAUCAUCGGCUUGUUGCACUUCGAAGUUUUGAUAAACAGAAAGAUCUAAAUCAAGCUGAAAGCCAGUCAGAAACAAUCCUCCAACAACUAAACUGCGAAAGCUGUGACGAAGAUGAGGAUGAUUUCAUCCAAGUCACUAAAAAUAGAUCAGAUCCUUCUAGGUGGACCCACAGACAGUCGGUUGCCUGUUCAUGAGCGCUAUCUACUAUAAACAUGACAACAUCUACAAAAAGAUUGGUCAUCUUACUGAAAAUACUAAACCAUCUUAACUAAAUAAGAAGAUCCGAUUCAUUCCUUGAAGUUUUUAUAGUAAAGUUCAUGAAAUAUAAUUUGUUGCAAUUAAGAUUUUUCUCUAUAUAGUCUAAUAAUUGCAAGAUUUUACAUUUUGAUUAUUGUGGAGAAAAUGACGGAAUUUAAGAAAUACAUGGACUUUGGAAGUUCAAAAUUUAUCAUUUUUGAAGAAGCUAAUUUAGAAUAGGAUUUGAUAACUAAUUUGGACUAUUCAUCACAUUGGUGGAUAUAAUAGUUAAAAUAAAUGGCUGGAUUUGAUAAAUACCUAACUAAAAUAUUUUUUCAGUCAUACAUAGUCUGGUUAUAAAACAAAUAUUUUACAAGAUUUCCAGUCAUUUCUUCCAAAACACUGUAACUGCAUGCUAACAUUUCAUGAAGUCAUGUUUCUCUUCUGGGAAAUGUGUAUUUUCAUUUAACCUUUGGAUUUACUAAUACUAUAAUACUAUUAUAUAUUCAUGGUGUGAAUUCCUUUAAAGAUAGUAUUGUUCUUGGACCUGUAUCCAUUGUACCUUGUAUAUGCUUGACUCCAGUUCAGCAUCCAGUAGUUGUUGAAAGGAUGAGCAAAAUACAUUAUCUAUGUAACAAAACAGUAAGUAUACAGAAAGUAAAAUAUGUUAACUUGUUUUGUUUUAUGUAAUUAAAUUGUCAUUAAUAGUCUAAUGGUUGUAGCUGUAUAGUGACCUUUUUUUAAAAAAUAUAUAUAUAUUCAUAUAUACCCAAAUUAAUUUUUUUAAAUGCCUUUGUUGUGGUAGACCAUAAUGAUUUCAACAACUGUACAACAACGUUUGGAUGCUCCUCUUUUUGAGAUUUGUCUCAGAGAUACUUCACAAGUUACUUAUAAAAAUUAGUGCUUAUAGCCAUAUUUCAUUUUUCAAUCCAGUUUGAUCAAAUGGACUUCAAAUGACUUUUAAUCAUGACUUCUAAAUAUUCCCUUGUUAGAGGCAUUUUAGUCUUCUCAGGUGCCUUAACAAAAUACCACGCUGUGCAGCUUCAACAAUAUAAAUUUAUUUCUCACAGUUCAAGAAGUUGAUGAUCAAAGGGUCAACAACACAGGUUUCAUUCUGAGGCCUGUGCUCUUGGUUGUUGGCUCAUGUUCUCACAGGACCUCUUGGUGGGAGCACAGGCAAAGAGAGAGAGCAAGCUCUCUAGUGUGUCUUCCCAUAAGAGCGCUAAUCCCAUUAGACUAGGGCCCCACCCCCAUAAAUUUAUCUAACCCUAAUUAACCUCCAAAGCCCCAUCUCCAAAUUCAAUCACAUUGGAGAUUAGGGCUUCAACGUAUACAUUUGGGAGAGAAUAUAAACAUUGUCCAUGUUUAAACUAGGAAAUAAGAUUUACAAUUCCAAAAUGAUUUCCGAAAAAUUUUUCAACAAUGACAACAUAUUUGGAAUAACGAGUAUAACUUCACUAAAUGCUACUUUGAAGAACAAUAUUCAUUUGGAUAUAUACAUGUGAAUACACAUUUUUUAAAAGUUACGUUAUUUUGUUACAGUACCUUUUAUAGUAAUAAAAGCAAUUAUAUAGAUUCUUACAUAUAGAUAUGGAUACAGUCAAACCUGAGCUAAUGCCUGAUAGUUUUGCAUAUGAAAGUUGAAUUAACUCUUUUAGACUGUAAUUUGGUUAGUAUAUAAAUCAUUCAGGGUUUUGCUCUUUCCUCAUAACUGAGUAUUAACUUAGUAAAAGUUAACUAUUAACUUUUAGGCCAUUCAUUUUAGAGAAUAUAAAAGAAACACAGCAUCCUUCUAAAUUAAGCAAUGAUUCAGGAAAUGGAAAAGAAAAGUUAAUGUGAGAGAGGAAUAGAGAAAAGGUUGAAGGGGAAAAAAAUUUAAAAAAACAGCUUUAGUGUAAAAGGAAGAAUAAAAACAAUGGGAAAACAAAAGUUUAAAGUUGGUUGGGGUAUCUUAACCCCCAAAAAAGUGCCUUUGAUGUAGAACACAGUGGAAAAUUUCUUUAGAAGCUAAAAUAAACAGGAAGACAUCUGGAGAAGAAAUUAAAGAAUUGGUUCUCUUUUCCUGUAGGAUCUUAGCUGAUACAGGAACAUUGUGAUUUCACUAAAUCAUUAAAGUGAAGCAGAGAACAGAGAUCUUCUUUAUCUUCUUGAUAUGUUCAUUCUUGCCCUGACUUGAGGGUGAAGAUAAAGCAAUAUUUUCUCAAUGCCUCAAAUAUUUUAAUAUCAUUUGAAUUCAUUCUUUCUUUCUGUGAUCUUUCUUGUACUUCUCUGCAUAUACCAAACAAAAAAAAUUAGACUACUUCAAUUACUUAUCUAUACAUUAAUGCCAGUAUAAAAAAUAAAAAAAUAGUAUUAAAAUAUCAGGAAGGCGGAGAGAAAAAGAGUGAAAAAUUCUGGAUUAUGACACGAUUACCAACAGCAGAAACUUUUUAUUUAGCUUAUGACUUCCAAAUAUUUUUCUGUCCACACUAUUAUGCCUUCUCAUGAGCAUUAUGCAAAUAUUUAGUAAUAUUUUGGAGGGGGUAAUAGAAGUAGGAACAUCUUAUACUUUCUUUUUUGCCCUCUAUCUUCAUUUAGCCUUCUUCUUUUUUGGUUUUUCUACAGACUUUGACCUCUCUUUAAGGUGAAGAGAUCAUCAUACAAUGAAAUAAUUUUCAUAAGUUUUUAGGUAGACAAUUUCAAAGCAUAACUCUUAGAUUUUGAUAGAAGCUGCUUUUGUAAAAUUUAAAUAUUUCCCAAAUGUACUAGAUAUACAUUUAAUAUAUCCAAUUAUAUAUCUCUUAUAUUCAAGUAACCUUAACAUUCUUUUUUUUUUUUUAACAUUCUUCUCUUUCAACAAGGCUUUAGACUCUACUAAGCUAUUCAGCUUAAUUAUGGACCAUCAACACAUUCUCUAUUAAAAUAUUAUUUUACAUCCAUUACUGCCAAAGCCAGGAAUCCUUUGACUCCAAGGAUUAAUAUACAAGUCUUAGAGUAUGUGGAUGUCAUUUUAAAAGGGGAGGGAGUUUAUCUUUCAUAGUGUCAGAAUGUAUGUGGGUUGGAGGGGGCUCUAGGGAUUGGGAAGGAUACAUCUUAACCUUUGUAAGCCCUCAAAUUGUGAAUAUCACAAUGAUACAUAAUUUGCUCCAUAAAAUGUUGAAAACAAAUAAACUUCUUGAGAUGUGGUUAUGAGGUGGUUGGGUAAGCUCACCUACUAUAAAAGUACACCAGCCCUGCCAUAGAUGGGGUUUGAAUUUGAAACUCAGUAACAUAACUGAUUAUUUUAGUAGUUUGAGAGUAUUGAAACUCAUAUUAAAUCCACAAAUGCAAGCACUUUGUUUUGCAAUAGGCAGGUCACACCUACAGUACUGCAUGAUUUUUGACAUCAGACUUAAGAGUGGACAAACUGGAAACAUGAACACAUUUAAAGUUUCUAAGACAGUAUUUGGAAAACCAUGGCAUUGGAGAAGUUAUUGAAAUAACUGGCAAAUGUGUAGCCUAAUAAAGAUUUGAUGUAAUAGUUUCCAAACAAUUAGAAGUUUGCCAAAACUUAAUUUCUGCCAAGCUAGUGGAUAUAAAAGACUCAGUGAAAUUACCUUCAUUUGCAUUUUUCUAAUUCUAAUAAGGUUGAGUAUCUUUCAGGCAUUUAUUCUCUGCUUGUUUCUUCUAAGAAAUUCCUGUUUGUAAUCUUUGCAAAGCUAAGCAUAUCAUUUUCCCCUCUUAGUGGCUUCUUAGAAUAUGCAGGAUAAAGGCCAAGUUCCUAAGCAUAGAUAGAACACUUUCCACGUCUUUCCCCCAUCUGCCUCCCUAGCCUCACUUCCCACUGUGGCCUGCCUCCUCUAAAUUCUCUAGCAAUUCAGAACUGCUGUUUCAUUGCUCCAUACUUCGGUUCACGCUGUUUCCUCUGUGGAAAUCCUUACUAAAACAAGGUGCUGGAAUAGCGGGAAGAGGAAGGACCUUGAGGAUGUUCCAGUUAUAGAUGAGUAAUUCACACCCCAUAGAAGUUAAGAGAUGAUUCCAUGUUCAAUGCAAGUCGCUAGGAGCACCUGCUGUGAGACAAAGCUCCUGGACAGAAGGGAUCAGAGACCUACUAAAAGCAGACAUCAGCCUCCACUCUGUAUUUCCUAUUCUAAUAUACUACCUGGCACACAGUAGGGACCCCAUAAAUAUUCGGUGAACCGAUGAAUGAAUGAAUGCUGGUGGCGGCGGCUAGCUGAAAAGCAAGAGUCCUGAUUCAGAAUCAAUUGGGGCUUGAUUGAACCUUGGUAUCACUCUAGUUAAACACCUUCAUUUUAUAGAUAAGGAAGCUGAGGCCCAGCAAGAUGAAGUGACCUGCCCAAAGUCCACGGGCUCGUAAUACUGAUGAUGCUAGGACUAAAAGAAGCAAAGAAGGCGCCCAAACAGGUGGAUGUGGGCAGGAGGAGGGAUGAGCAGGAGGACGUAGACUGCCAUUUGAUGCAACCCUUAACGACGGGAGCGUUUUCUUCCACUUCUAUUACCAAGUCAACGCAGGGCCACGUGUAACUCUUCCAUCAGGGCCAAGUGUCCUUCCUCCUCUUGCCUCCCACUCCACUCAACAGGCUCAAGCCAGAUAAACUGCUCAUCACGGUUUAAUGGGCUCCCUUCUUUCCAGUUAAAAGCCUUCCAAACGCCGACUCCUACCUAUAAUGAAGCCCAGAAGACUAACACAUUCUUCACCUUUCUCUCUUGACCUAUCUACUCUUUCAAUCUUCUCUCCCCAUCUAGAAAUGCUCCGCUUGGCCAGAUUCCUCAACCCAUCACCCUCUAGUUUCCUCAAAGGCCAACUCUUUCCCACUCUGGGCUGACACUUUUGGGGUUGUCCGCUGGGUGCAUAACUUGCGUAGUCCCACCAGGCGUCCCACCAGGCGUCCCACCAGGCGUCCCACCAGGCGCCUUGCUUAGAUGGGCCGGGCACGCGGCUCACUGCCUCUGUCUUGCAAUUCUCAGUCACUUCCGAACCAGAAGCUCUGCAUCUGCACUCCGCACGAGCCCGCCCAAGCGGUGCGGACGGUCCUCGCUCCGUCUCCUGGACCGCAGCCCGGCGGGGGUCGCAUCGGCCAUCCGACUGGGCUCGGCGGAACGAAGGACUAAAGGAUCCAGUCCCGUGUGCGAUGAUGAAAGCGUCUGGUUUCACACCGUCCGGUCAGGUGCAAUCAGGAAACCCAAGCGAGGAGGUGCGCGGAGGCACCUGCUCUCCCGCCCGGCGCUCGAAACCCCUCCCCCGGGGCCCCCCCACGCCGCUUCAGACCGGUUCCAGCU